AUGUCGUCCAGCGAGGGUGAACCUCUCCCACUAGGGAGCCAGGCUCCUACGGUGAAGGGUGUGAUGUGGACGAUGUCGAUGGUUCCUUUGGUUUUCGUUUUGAUGCGCUUGUACGUGCGAGUAUGCAUGCGAAGAGUGUUUGGCUGGGAUGACGGCAUUGCAAUUGUGUCAAUUUGUUGUCUGGUCGGAUAUGCUGCUGUCUGCCAUGUUGCUGCAAACCUAGGCUUAGGGCAGCACCUCGAAAUUGUCCAGAAAAACCCAGAUAACCUUAUCCAGGUGGCGCUCCUGUGCAACAUUGGUGAAAGUCUGGCAAUCAUGGCAUGCACCCUGGGCAAGACGUCCUUUGCUGUCACGUUGCUUCGGAUCGUGGUCCACAGAUGGAUGGUUAUCGUGCUAUGGUUCGUGAUUGUUACAAUGAACAUUGUCAACAUCUUGGCUGCACUCUUUGUCUUCUUGCAAUGCAAGGAUCCUCGGCAUUUGUGGAAUCCGAUGAUUCCAUCAGAGUGUUGGCCCUCGCACGUCUUUACCAAUUUUUCUCUCUUUGUUGGUGCCUAUUCUGGAGCACAAGAUUUCGUCCUAGCACUGCUGCCGUGGACGAUUGUCUGGAACUUGCAAAUGAGGAAGAAGGAAAAGCUUGGUGUGGCCUUUGCAAUGAGUCUUGGAAUCUUCGCAGGCGCAGCAUCCAUAGUCAAGACCAUCCACCUCGUGGCGCUCUCGGCCAAAUCCGACUUCACAUGGGAACUUGCUCCCUUAUUGAUCUGGGCAGCUGUAGAAGAUGGUCUCGCUAUCACCGCUGCAUCCAUUCCCGCGCUUAAACCCCUCUUAACGAAGAUAUUCCCCAGCACAAUAUCGGACAAUUAUAACAUGAUCCCGUAUCCACACCUGCCUCCCAACCGCAAGAUCUUCGACAACUCCGAGGGCGAAACGCAAACAGACAUUGGACAUACGACUGUUCACGAUACGGGAAGUCAAACGGCGAUCCUAGAGCCUAUACAUCCAAAGGGCGAAAAUAUCAACAUGACGACCGAGGUGUCAGUGACAUAUAAUCAUGGCUUGUAA